GUCGAUUGUUUUAUUAACCGGCUUGUGUGAAACCUAGCCAGAGAGGGAGCCAGUAGUGAGAAGAAUAUGUCGUUAACACACACCACGGUAGUAAUCAAGUUCUCUCUGGAAACAAGCCUUACCACACACACGGAAAGGACACAAGAAGACCGAUUGACUGCUGGUGUUGAUAAGGAAGUUUCUAAACCUAAAGUUCGUGCUUAUGACGGUCAACUCUGCUUCUUCAAAGGCAGUGUGAAGUCAGCCAACCCGCAUGACACUAGGUCCAAACCUGGAUACAUGUUGGGCAGAGGAGUGAAACGCAAGCUAAGUGACUACGACGAGAGCAUGGCUGCUGGUCCUCCAGGUCCCUUUGACUCCAGCCCGGCUCUGCCGUACCCUCAGCAGAGGCAGUUGGUGCUCAACAUGUGCCUGAGCAAGCUGCAGAGCUGCUGCUUGAAGGUGGAGCCCAGCCUUCACCGCUCCGUCCUGCUCUCCAACACCCUGCGCCAAAUCCAAGGUGAGAUGCUCAAUGAGGACUGCAGCACAUCUCCACUCACAGUGCAGUCUGAUGGGAGCUCCUACAGUGCCGACACAAACCCCGCUGCAACUCCCGCACAUAUCCCUGACCUGCCCCCGUUGCCAUGCUAUAGUCAAGCAGAAGAAGCUAACCUGAUGACAGUGCCAUCUGAUAACAAGAUGUCUUCAACCGAGUCCAGCCAUUUAAGAGUGGCUGGCUUUGUGAAGGACACAAGCCCACCGCCCGCUUGCCCCAGCUGGGCUGAGAAUGAGGAGCUGGAUUUCUUCUCUUCCUCCUCCUCCUCUUCUGAGGAUGAAGGUAACGAUCAUCUAGCAGGUUCCAGAUCUCUAGAUUCCCUCUUUGGUUCCUUUGAAAUGCCAAAUUCCACCAGCUACUUGACAGACCUGGCUUUCGAUGAUAUCUUUGAGGACAUUGACACAUCCAUGUAUGAUUCCUCAGACUUCAAUUCUGUUCUAUCUUUCACUGCCCAUUGCUCAUCAGUCUCCCCCACUGAAGACAGCCUCAAGCCAUUCUCCACUUGCACUUCCCUCUCCACUAAUGGCAUUCAGAUCUGUAUUACAGACUUGAACGAUCUGGACCACAUCAUGGAGAUACUUGUGGAAUCCUGAUAUUUGUUUCGGUGGCACAGGGGAAUGAUUGAGGAUUUAUAUUGUAAUUUAUAUCUAUAUUGUUAUACAGAUCAUGUUAUUUAUAUAUAAAGCAACAAAAUGUCUCAAAUCUAAAAAUCCUGAAAUACUGGACACGUUUUAAAGACUAUUCAGAAUAAAGGUGUAACUGGGGCGGUUUCUAACUAAUCGUAGUCUUUCCUCAACAUUUAAAAAAAAUAUUUUAAAUAUAUUUAUUAUGGACUUGUUAAG